AUGGGAGGGCUGCGCUUCCCGUGGAUCAAGCUUGGCGACGAGACCGUGUCCAAGACAUACACCAACGCCCUGCUCGACACCAUUGCCUCGUACUGUGCUCGCACACAACAGUUUGAGACUCUUUCCACUCUGGCACUCUCGUCCAAGGCCACACACGCACUCGUCGUUCCACACCUGUACAGCUACUUUCGCCUGACUGCGGCGAAUGCUGUCCCUCUCCUAGCUGGGCUCCGAAUGCCCCCCUUUGACCGCACUGGCGCCCGCUACCACGAUGUCCGUUGGGCCAACGCUCUAGCCCACUGGAUUGUCAUGGAGCGCCCCAAGGGCAUCCCGUUGUGGGUUCGCGAGGUUGUCAUGCAUGGCUUGUCGCCUAUAGACCAUGACGUCGACGACAACGACGACGACGACGAGAUGGAGGGGUACAGAUCUGGGUCUUCUUCCGACCAGGCCAGCGGCCGUCCCGGGACCCGCAAUCAACGCUCGUACCCGUCCCAGCGGUCUCACAGCCUCAAGAUGGCCUACCUCAAGCAGAUUGCUACCCUCCAUGUUGAUACCGUGCCGGACGAAAGCCUUUGCCACCAUUUCAACAUUAUGAUUGGCACCAUCCUGAAUAAGACAAUGUACGACAAGAUCUUUCCAAGAGUCAAAGAGGUCUCGCUGUCCUCUGGAGCAGUGUUUCAGCUGUCAUCCUGGCAAGGCAACGACACGGCGCCCAUGCACCCCUUUCUCCGAACUCUGGGUACGGCCUUCCGCCCCGACCAUCUCUGCGUCCACCCGCUCCCCGAUGACACAGUACACGAGUCGCUGUUCGAGUUCCUCACCCCUUUCUUCCACGGGCCCGGGCCCGCUCGACCAUGGCAAGAUGUCCUCGAUUCGCAGCCGUUCGACCUCAUCUGCCACCUCGUUCGCUCGUGGUUCCCCAUGUCCAUUACCAUCCACGGCGCCGGGCGACAGCUGGUCCCAAGCCCGCCUCGGGUGACGAUGCGAGUCUUCCUUGCCGAUACGAGCAGCCGUCAAGGCACCGUCGUCGAUACAAUGUCUGGCGACAUGGCGUUCCGCCGGAGUGCCGAGGACGCGCCCCGGUGGGAGUGGAUCUACCCGACUUCACCGUCGUUUGACGAAAGAAUGAGGCGCAACGACAGUCUGAUCAAGCUCGGCGAUACAGCAGGGUUGGAGCGCGUCAAAUGGAGUGUGCAGAGUGAAGCGUCCGAGUGUAGGUGUUGUGGAGGCAAGUGA